AUGCAGAGCAUCGAGAAAUUAGCCCUUGUGCGGGCAUCAAAACUGUAUAAAGAUCUCGAGCCCAAGCAACUUCCUAUUGUAUAUCAUCCAAUUUAUAACAUAUCAUUUUGUGGGAUCGAGCGAUGCCAUCCGUUCGACUCGCGCAAGUGGGGACGUGUGCACGACAUACUAGUCGAAUCCGGGAUGAUCGAGGAGGGACAAACAGUUAUGCCGUCGGAAGCGAGCAAUUCGGAUCUUCGUGUCGUGCACACGUCACUCUACCUCUCCUCACUGAAUUGCCCAUGCCAUGUUGCAAAAGUGGUUGAAGUUGCACCCGUUGCUUUAAUACCUCCGUGCAUUAUCCGUCGAGUCCUCUUGAAACCAUUCCGAUAUCAUACUGGUGGUACGAUACUGGCAGCACGACUGGCACUGGAACACGGCUGGGCCAUCAAUAUUGGCGGUGGCUUUCAUCAUGCAAGUGGCAACAGUGGUGGUGGCUUCUGUGUUUAUGCUGACAUUUCGCUCGCAAUAAACUUCCUCUUGCUGAAUCAACUGAUCGGCAAAGCAAUGAUCGGUAACGGCCACGAAAAUGAUUUUUACGGCGAUAGACGCGUUUAUAUCAUGGAUAUGUUCAACAGUCACAUCUAUCCUCACGAUUCUAGGGCCAGGCGUGCGAUAACGAGGGCGGUAAAGCUGCAUAUUGACAUCCAGGAUGGCGAGUAUCUCACUUUGCUUUCCAGUAAUCUUAAAGCAGCUCUGAGUCAAUUUCGGCCCGAUAUAAUUGUGUAUAAUGCCGGGACAGACUGUCUGCAAUAUGACCCACUUGGAUUGCUCUCAAUAACGCCGAAGGGCAUUCGAAAGCGCGAUGAAAUUGUUUUCAAAAUGGCGCGCGCCCGAAAAAUCCCGAUUGUGAUGUUGCUGAGUGGUGGUUAUAUGCCAGACACUCAUGAAGUGAUUGCCAAAUCAAUCAUGAAUUUAUUCAACAAAAAAUUAAUAGGGGCUGUUUCAUAA